AUGUCUAUACUCGUGAAGGUACUUUCGUACACGUGUACCCAGCCAUUAUCUUCACUGGGAUAUUUUCUCAAAAAGUGCACGACGAGUGAUCGACACUCGACGCGCUCCGACCUCAACGCCCGUUCAAGAGCGCGCCGUUCAACAAAAAUCAGGGCUGCGAUCAACCCCCCUUACGACCUGGGCAUCGAAUCCGCAGCCCCCGACGAGUCCUCCUCCGACGUGUGGUCGCCCGCCGUCGAUCCCCUCGGCACGGAUUUCUCAUCCAACGCGGUGCCCGCUGCGAUGACGGGCAAGGACAAAAACUGCGUGCGCUUCGGCUUCCCCAAGGGAUCGCUUCAGAAAUCGACGGAAGAGCUCUUCGCCCGCGCGGGUCUCCCCGUGAAAGUGAAGGACCGGAACUACUUCCCCACCGUCGACGACGACGGCCUCUCUUUAGUCCUCUUUCGCUCCCAGGAGAUUCCCCGGUACGUCGCCGACAACGUCCUCGACGCCGGCAUCUGCGGCCGCGAUUGGAUCGUGGAGAACGGCUCCGACGUCAUCGAGGUCGCCGAGUUGAAGUACUCCAAGGCGACGUCCAAUCCGGCGCGGUGGGUCGUGGCCGUCCCGGAGGACUCGCCCGUGCGAACCGCGGAGGAUUUGGAAGGCACCAUGAUCGCGUCCGAGCUCGUCAACACCACCCAGAGGUUCUUCCUCGACCGGGACAUCCACGGCGUCAAGGUCGAGUACUCGUGGGGCGCGACGGAGGUCAAGGCGUCGCUCCCCGGCGUCGGCGCCAUCGUCGACAUCACCGAGACCGGCAGCUCCCUCCGCGCCAACAAGCUCCGCGAAGUCGCGACGAUCCUCGAGUCCACCACCCGCCUGAUCGCCAACAAGGACGCGUGGGAGGACCCGAUCAAGCGCGCCAGGAUCGAGGACCUGGCUCUGCUCUUGCAGGGCGCCAUCGACGGCAAGAAAAAGGUGGGUCUGAAGAUGAACUUGCCGACCGCGUCGGUUCCCGAGCUCAGCGCUCAGCUCCCGAGCGAAAAGUCCCCGACGGUUUCGCCGCUGCUGGACGCCGACUACUGCGCCGUGGAGGUCGUGGUCGACGAGGGAACGGCCAAGGACCUGAUACCGGUGGUGCGACGCAUGGGCGCCACGGGCAUCGUGACCUACCCCAUCAACCUGUCCAUUCACUGA